AUGGGCUACGGCGGCCACGCCAGUGGCUACGGCGGCAACGGCAGCGGCUACAGCGGCAACGGCAGCGGCCCCAACAUUACCGGCAGUGGCAAUUACGGUGGUGCCAGGGGCAUCGGUGGCGGUGCCGGUGCUUCUGGUAGUGGUAGUUAUAGUGGUGCCAGUGGUAGCUUCAUUUAUAGUGGUGCAAGUGGUAGUGGCAUGUAUAGUGGUGCCAGUGGUAGCGGCAUGUAUAGCGGUGCCAGCGGUAGCGGCAAUUAUUACGAUGUCGGUCCCAUCGGCAUUGGUGGUAGUGCCCGCGGCGAUAUCCGGGGCGGCGGCGGAGGCGACGUUCAAGGCAGAAGCAGCGUCGCCGCGACGGCUAGCCAGCCAGUGCCGGGCCCGUCGUCCGCCGACCCGGACGCGCUGCGUACUGUCCACACCUUCAUCAUGCUCGAGCAGCGCCGCAGAGCUGACUUCUCCAUCGAUUCCAUCCUCAAGUCGGACUAG